UUUGAUCUACCCCACUGCUACACAUUGCAAAAUGUGAGUCUGAUAGAAGAAAUACUAAAUGUAUUUCAUCUACGUGGCAUUCAAAAAUUCAUCUUGUCUCAUUUUUAACUUUCAAAUGAGGAUCUUAUGGAAAAACAUUAAGCCUACCCUAGAAUCAAAAUGUUCCGCCGUCUACGGAUAUGUUUUAACUACCAUAUAUAUAUAUAUAUAAGAAGCUUUUGUCGAUAAUUAAAAUGAAAACAGAAAAAGAAACCGCCUAGUAGAUUUAUUAUUAUGUGUAGGUUAAGUAGCACAAUCGUCUCCUAAUAUUGCAUGUUAAUACAAAAAAAAACAAGUUUUCUAUUGCUUAUAGACUCGAUUGAGUAUUUGAAGAACGUACGUUAGUAUUUUUUCUUAAACUUCAAAUACUUAUGUAUUCGAUGUUAUGUGAAAAUAGUUCAAAGGAAAAUAAAUAAAUAAAUCUACGUAGUAAACAUUAUUAUACUAAUGAAUGAAGUAAAUGACAAAUUUACUUGUAAAAAAAAAAAACAAAACUACGAAAAUGAUUCAAAAUUUUUUUAAACAAAUAUUUAUGAAUUACAGCUAAACGAAGAAAACAAAUGUCCCUUUUGAAAUAUAAUGAACUCUAUUGUUUUCUUUUUUUGAAUAAUUCAAGAAGAUAAGUAGCUUGAGACUAAUGGUUUUCACCAUUCGAAAAAAUGAAGUAAGUUUGUCCGAAACAGUUCAAAAAAAAUACUCAAGGUUUAACUGAAAGUCGUAGUGCAAGAUCCGUAUUCUUCAUAUUUCACAUUGGACGAGAACUCAUCAAGAUAAAAUAUUGAAGUCAUUCUGUGUGAACAAAGAAGAAUUCUUGCGAAUAAAAAGGAAAUCUGUGUUUAAUACUUCAAAGCUUAUUUUAAUGCAAGUUAUAAACAUGUAAAGUAUCAGCAAGUCACGGUUGGAUAGAGCAAGUCGAAUUGCACCUUAGUAACACUUAGAAAAGUCUAUUAAAACUGAAAUACGCCAAAAGUAUCAAAUCUCAAUAUUUAUCCGACUUUGUUUUGAUUUUAUUCGUCACUUGGUUACGCAAUAAAUACGAGCCUUGUAUUCAAAGUUUUUAAUCAUUAGGACUUCAGUUCCAAAUGAAAUCAAUAUCAUAUUCAAAAUCAACAAAACAAAAUGAAUCAAAUAGUAUACUCAAUGCUUCAAACUAAUCUUACUCAAAUUUCGACUAUUAGGGAAGCACAAGUCAGAGCAUUCGAAAAUAAAACCGAAUGGCUGUAAGAACAAAAAUUUGAUGAAAAUUAACGUUAAGUACUAAGUAUACUAUUCGAUUCGUAUUUUUCUGUUGAUUCGGAAUAUGGUAUUUGGAACUGAAGUUCUAAUGAUCGAAAUUAGAGUUUUACUCUUAUAUCGAUUAGAACGAUUUUCUCAACACUCAAACAAUAUCAUCACUACAAAUAUUGCAGGUAAAAUAAAAAAAAGAUUAGAAUAAAUAUUGAUGCUUGAUACUUUUGGUGUUUUUCAAAUUUUAUGAAUUUUUAUUAUUUUUCUAAUUUAAUUUUUAUAGUUAGCUUGAAAAGCUCUAUCCAAUCAUAACAAAUUUUUUUUUUCAAAUUUUGAAUUGUCGGCCCAUUACUUUGUUUAACAAAUUGGCUUUAAUAUAAACUCCCAUAUUAGCUCUUUCAAACUUUUGAAGUCAUAAAACUUCCGCUUUGAACUUAAUCAAAAACAACAUAGUAGAUUCUAUUUAUAAUGGAUUAGGUUAUUGUAAGAUAAAAAUUUUAUUCGAAUAUUUAGAUCAGGUUUAGACUCAAUUGAAUUAGUUCAUCGUGUUUGGCGUCAAUUGAUUUUUUGUUUGAAAAAUUUAUCAAAUGAACAAGUCACUAUUAAACCAUCGUUUAUUAAAGCUUUAAUUGAAACAUUAGGGAAUGAAAAUGGUGAAUCAAAUUAUUCAGCAAUUGAAUGUUGUCUUUUAAUUGGCAAUCAUGGCAAAGAACUGGAUUAUAAAUAUGAACAAUUAGUUGAUUUAUUACGAAUUGUUUUAACGAAACAUAAAGAAAAUGAACAACUUUUAAAUAUGGUUUUAAAUAAAUAUUGGACAACUAUUCGCGUACAAGGAAAUAUUAAUAAGGUAAAAUUUUUCUUAAAUAGAAUAACUAAUGAAAGACAGUUGAUGAAGAAAGGUUAA